AUGGAACAAACAGUCGCUAUCUACGACGGAGAGCCGAACCCGCUGGACAGUAGCGGCCUGUGCCUGCUGUCCCUCGACGGCGGCGGCGUGCGCGGGCUGUCAACGCUCUACAUCCUCAAGGGCUUGAUGGACCGGCUGAACCUGAAACGGGCCGACGGCUCGCCACCAAAGAAGCCAUGCGAGGUCUUUGAUCUGAUCGGAGGCACCAGUACAGGCGGACUGAUCGCAAUCAUGCUUGGUCGGCUGGAGAUGGAUGUCGAUGAAUGCAUUGUAGCAUACAUCCAACUGAUGAAGAAGAUCUUUCGGAAGCCGGCCAAAUGGAACCUUGCUGCAAGCCUGUUUGGUAAUAUCGAGCCACGAUUUGAUGCGAGCAAGCUUGAGGAAGCAAUCAAUCAAGUUGUCAGCAGCCGUGGGGCGAAUCCAACGGAUCUUUUUAAUAAUCAGAUAAAGCGUGGCUGUCGGGUAUUUGUCUGCAGCAUUAGCCAGGAAACCAAGGACAUUGUCCGUCUUCGUAGCUACCCGGUACCUGGCAAACCGGACAUUCCUGCUACGAUCUGCCAGGCCGCCCGUGCUACCUCGGCUGCCACGACCUUCUUCGAUCCAGUCUCGAUCGGGGCGCGGAGGUUCGCGGAUGGUGCGCUGGGAGCCAAUAAUCCUGUGGAAGAGGUAGAGCGCGAGGCAUCUGAUAUCUGGUGUCGCGAAACUGGGGACUUGAAGCCGCUGGUAAAAUGCUUUAUCUCAAUCGGAACUGGCAACCCGGGAAAAAAGGCUAUAGAGGACAAUCUUUUUAAAUUUAUGUCCAAAACCCUGCCAGAACUGACGACCCAGACGGAAUAUUCUGAGAGUAAGUUUAUCGCUAAUUGGCGACAGCAUUAUAACAGCAAGCGGUACUUCCGGUUCAACGUUGAACAGGGUCUGCAGGAGGUGGGACUGGCAGAGUAUCAGGAUCAAGGUCUGAUUGAAGCAGCAACACAGGGAUAUCUUGACCAUCAGACAGUAGACUUCCGGGUGCGGGAUUGCAUCGAGAAUCUGGAGUCAAAGCAGAGUGUGUACU